AUGAUCACUGUUUGGAUGACACUUUUACUUGUUACUAUCGGACCAAGUUAUCAAUAUAAUUAUUCGUGUGAUUCAGGUGCAACUUGUGGAUGUUCCUCUAGUUCACAAUUAGUUACUCGUAUUCUUGGUGGAGAAACAGCAGGAGCAAACAAUUGGGGUUGGGUUGUGUCCGUAAAAGUUGAGACUAGUGGCGAUCGUGUUAAACUAUGUGGUGGAUCUAUUUUAUCAAGCACAUGGAUCAUUACAGCAGCACAUUGUGUAAGUGGAGUUACAGCAUCGAAAGUAACUAUUUAUGCUGGCUCAAAUGCUAAAUAUGAUGGUCAAUCUCGAGUAGCAUCUACUAUUACUGUACAUCCAAGCUAUAAUAGUAAUACUAAAGCUGAUGAUAUUGCUCUAAUACAACUUAGCACUCCUUUAACAAUGUCUACGGCAGUAAAGCCUAUUUGUAUACCAUCUGUAUCUUCGGCUACAUUAGCUGCUGGUGAAUGG